CCUCCUCCUCUCUCUCUGAAUGAAGAUUGAGCUUCACCCCCAGACUGCAACUUCCUCCUCUGUCCAAUCUGUGAGCAUAACACUCUCUUUUCUCAUUCUGGAGUUUAAUUGUCGAUUUGAAGGAGCUGAAGGGAAAGGAAGUGAAUCCGGGCAAGCAGCAGACUCUGGAAAAGUUACACGGACUGAGUUGAGAGUGUUCCAGUGAACUGACUGUGGAAGGAGCUUUAAACAGUUACAAAGUGGAAAAAAACAUUCUUCCAGGAGACACCAUAAGCGUGUUGUGUGCUCGUGUGGACUUCCAGCCUUUACCGUAUCAUCCAACCUGGAGGGACACAAGGACAACAACACCGUGGAGAUGCCAUGGCAGAGUGGGGGCUGCGGGAAACGACUCAGGUCCCCAUCUGGGCUGGAGAGUCACGGACGUGGCCACAGCGUGGAGAGGCCGUUCGCCUGCUCCGUGUGCGGGAAGGGGUUUGCUCUUUCGUCCACCCUGCGGAUACACCAGCGGACGCACACCGGGGAGAAUCUGUUCACUUGCACGGAGUGCGGGAAAGGGUUUGCUCUUUCGUCCAGCCUGCUGACCCACCGGCGGGUCCACACCGGGGAGAGGCCGUUCACCUGCCCCGUGUGCGGGAAGGGGUUCGCUUCUUCAUCCAACCUGCAGACGCACCGGCGGGUCCACACCGGGGAGAGACCCUACAACUGCCCCGUGUGCGGGAAAGGGUUCACUCAGUUGUCCAAGCUGCAGAGGCACCAGCAGGUUCACACGGGGGAGAGGCCGUUCAUCUGCUCGGUGUGUGGCGAGGGAUUCAGAGACUCGUCCAAACUGCUGAGGCACCGGCGGGUGCACACCGGGGAGAGACCGUUCACCUGCCCGGUGUGCGGGAAGGGCUUCACCCAGGCCUCCAGCCUGCGGACCCACCAGCAGCUUCACACCGGGGAGAGGCCGUUCACCUGCUCCGAGUGCGGGAAGGGGUUCGCUUGCUCCUCGCACUUGCUGACCCACCGGCGGGUCCACACCGGGGAGAGGCCCUUCACCUGCCCGGUGUGCGGGAAGGGCUUCACUCAGUCGUCCAGCCUGCUGACCCACCAGCGGUUCCACACCGGGGAGAGGCCGUUCAGCUGCUCCGAGUGCGGGAAGAGAUUCACGAUAUCGUCGCACUUGCUGACCCACCGGCGGGUUCACACCGGGGAGAGGCCGUACGUCUGCUCCGAGUGCGGGAAGGGGUUUAUCCAGUCCUCUAAGCUGCGGUUACACCAGCGGGUUCACCAGGGCCCAAAACCGUGGAAAUGCGGGGACUGUGGGAAAGGAUUUUGUUCCCCGUCUGCCCUCGAGACCCAUCGGCGCAUUCAUACAGGGGAGAGGCCAUUCACAUGCUCUGUCUGCGGGAAGGGGUUUGCUCACUCAUCUGCCCUGCUGACCCAUCAGCGGGUUCACACUCGGGAGAAACCCUACACGUGCCGGGAUUGUGGGAAGGGAUUUACUGAUUCGUCUGCCCUGCUGACGCACCAGCGCAUUCACACCGGGGAGAAGCCAUUCACCUGCUCCGUGUGCGGGAAGGACUUCAGCCAGUCGUCCAACCUGCAGAUGCACCAGAGAGUUCACACCAGGGAGAGGCCCUUCAUCUGCUCUGUGUGCGGGAAGGGCUUCACUCAUUCGUCCGCCCUGCUGACCCACCAGCGGGUUCACACGGGCGAGAGGCCGUUCACCUGCUCAGUGUGCGGGAAGGGAUUCAGUGACUCGUCUGCCCUGCUGACCCACAAGCGGGUCCACACGGGGGAGAGGCCGUUCACCUGCUCGGUGUGUGGGAAGGGGUUCACCCAGUCGUCCAACCUGCUGACCCACCAGCGGGUCCACACUGGGGAGAGACAGUUCACCUGCUCGGUGUGCGGCAAGGGGUUCGGUGACUCGUCCAACCUGCUGAGGCACCAGCGGGUCCACACCGGGGAGAGGCCGUUCACCUGCUCCGAGUGCGGGAAGAGCUUCACUCACUCGUCCAGCCUGCGCACACACCAGCGAGUACACACCGGGGAGAAACCGUGGAAAUGUGGGGACUGUGGGAAGGUAUUCCCAACACCAUCCGCACUGGAAACUCAUCGACGCAGUCACACAGGGGAGAGGCCGUUCACCUGCUCUGUGUGUGGGAAAGGAUUCACCCAGUCAAGCCACCUGCGAUUGCACCAGCGCGUUCACACCGGGGAAAAGCCGUUCGCCUGCUCGGUUUGCGGGAACGCGUUCCGCGAUUCGGGCAGCCUUCAGAAGCACCAGCGGUUUCACACGAGGGAGAAGCCGUUCACCUGCUCUGUGUGCGGAAAGGGGUUCGGUCAGUCAUCGAGCUUACGCCGGCACCAGAGCAGUCACACCAACGAGAGACCUUACAAAUGCUCCGACUGUGGGGCUGCUUUCAAAAGCUCUUGGGAUCUGAUGCUGCACCAGCGCAUUCACACCGAGGAGAGACCGUUUGGCUGCUCCCACUGCGCCAAGAGGUUUAAGACGUCAUCUGAGCAGCAGAGGCACCAGCGGGUUCACACCGGGGAGCGGCCGUCUGUCUGCCCUGUGUGCGGGAAGGGCUUCAUUCAGUCAUCCGGCCUGCAGAGGCACCAGCGGGUCCACACCGGGGAGAGGCCAUUCACCUGCUCCGUCUGCGGGAAGGGCUUCACCCAGUCCACCAAUCUGCGGACCCACCAGCGCAUUCACACCGGGGAGAAGCCGUUCUCCUGCUCGGAGUGUGGGAAGGGAUUCACUCAGUUAUCCAACAUGGUGUCUCACCAGAGAGUUCACAAGUGAGCGCAGGGGUUGAGUCACAUUCCAGGACGGAACCGUAUUCAUUCUGGCAGUGGGUGAGUUGGGAAGGCUUUUUUUUUCCUCUGAGGACCUGGCUGUUGUCACCUAUUUCGCUUCCAAUGGGGCUGGUGCCCUUUGAGCCCUGGGUCUGCACAUUGACGCUGAAAUGAUCCACGGAUGCAGAUGAAGGACAUUUAUCCUGGGUGGGACGUAAUGUUUGUCCUUAGCACAACAGGUCGAUGCAAAAUAAGUAGUUUGUCUGUGUCCCAUUGAGCACAGGGCCAGGCCAGUCGGCGCAACUGGUCCCUGUCAGUAUUUACGCUCCACCUGAACCAGCACCCAUCCCUCUUCAUCUGCACCCCUGUCAGUUUAACCUUCUAUUCCUUUCUCCCUCAUGGCUGUUGCCAGCUUCCCCUUAAUUGUAUUCCUGUCUUCCCCAACGACAGCAUGUCCUUCUGUUCUAAAGGUGACCGAACAGCAGCUCACAAGAUACCUGGGGUGGGGAGGGAGGGGGGUGCUCCUUCCCAGAUAAAGUGGGCGGUUGCGAAUCCGGGAAUUGAAUCUGGAUCGUUCUGAGGAAUUGCCCAGGGCCCUGGCUGGGUGCCACUGCCUCCACCGGGCCCAACUCGAACCUGACCAGGUCUGGUCCGAUACCCUGGGAUUCAGCAAUGGAUACAACAGAUGUUGUCGAUUCCCCCGUCGAAAGGAGCAACAGCGAGGGUGAGCCCUGCGGUGGGGGGCCUAAACCGGAUGGUGCCGCCGGGCUCUGUGUCAAUCUGCGAGAGGCGGGAAUGAGGGCGGCCUCACCCUCUGCCCACCGGCAGACAGAGUCACUCAGGAGCUGUCAGCGAGUGAGGUCUUUCUCCAAACUCCCCAUGAACCGAACAGCCCAGCAGCUGGAUCUUCACCCUCUUCGGGGGAAGGAGACAAAACUUUGUCCCUCGUUGUGGGUUCACCGGUACAACAGAUUGCUGUUUGGCAUCAGGGCAGCACCAGAGAUUUUCCCGACACACAGAUUGUAUUCAGUGAUACAAAGGACCCCAAAAACUGCCAGUAUCUCGCAGGCAGCCAUUAUUCCUGGCAUAUAUAGCGAGGAACGUGGCGAGAGGCCGGGAUUCGUAGAGACUCAAUUGCAGUAAGCUGGACGUACAGUCAACGGAGACAGAUUACUUGCUGGGUGUGACAGAGCUAAUGCCUGAACUCCCGAGCAGUGAAAUCAACCCAGCCAUAAAGACCGUACAAAAUUAUAUUGGACCAGGACGUAACAAACUUACCAGAAAUUUGUCAGCACAAACAUUGAUUGGCUUGGUGAAUUGGGGUUUGUCCAAUUUGUUCAGAAACUUGCUGCCUCUGUCUUUGUAAAUGUGCACAUGUGUGAUGGCAGAAAAUGAUGGGCUUUUGUUUUUCAUCUGAUAAGACAAGGAGGUCACUGUGGGUCGGGUUAGCACUGCUGCCUCACGGCACCAGGGACCCGGGUUCAAACCCACCCUCGGGCGACUGUCUGUGAGGAGUUUGCAU